AUGUCGUCGUUGUGUGUGCUGCUUAUCUUGAUGGCUUUCACGGAGAGACUGAAUGUGUACGGCUUGGAGCCACCUUAUGCUAUAAGUGGGGGCAGUCGGCUAGUGGGUGGCCAGCUGGAGAACCUGCCCUUCAUGGUGCUGCUGGUGGUGCGGCGGGUCGGCGUCUGCAGCGGCUCGCUGGUCUCCAUGCAGUGGGUGGUCACGGCGGCACACUGCAUCGAGCACUCGCGGCGCUUCGACAUCCAGCUGAAGGCCGGUUACCGCGAGCCCACGGACGACGAACAACAGCAGUGGGAGCAGGAGCGCGGAUGCAGCGAGCUCGUGGUCUUCCCGUCACACGCGCGGCUGCUGUUCGACAUGGGACUGGUCAGGUCGCUCCACCCUUUCCGCGAGUCUCUCCUGGUGAAUUCUCUGCCGCUGGGCCGAAACUGGCGCUUCCCGCGCCGGGGGGAACUCUGCAUGGCCGCCGGCUGGCAGCGGGCCAACGGCACCGCGGGCAGCACGCUCUAUCUCCUGCGAUACGUCCUGGUGCACGUCCUCAACAGCCGCCUCUGCCAGCGCCACUACGGUGUGCGUCUCCACAGGGGCAUGCUGUGCGCCAAGGCAGAGGAGGGCAAGUCGCUGUGCUUCGGCGACGGCGGCGCGCCGCUGGUGUGUCGGGGUCUGCUGCUCGGCGUCUCCAAGGCGCUGGUCGACGCCGACCCAGCGAGGGACGAGCUGCUCAAGAGCCCGGAGCAGCUGCAGCAGGUCGCCUGCGGCGGAAACCGCACCUUCAUGGCAGAUGAGCGGAAAUCGUGCCAGUGUGAACAGGCUCGAGGUGGCGAGCUAGUGCCAGAGAUAACAUCAUUAUUUCUGGCAGAUUUGGUGCCACCAGAUACAGCAAAGGCUGCUGCAGGCCUAACGGACUGCGCCUAG